CACAGAAUAAAAGUAUACUUCGUCAGCCAUGGACAGCACUUAUACUCCCCUGAUAGACUCUCUCAUCCGCAUAGGCGAGGGAAAAGUGCGAUCGAGUCGGAUAGUGAAACAGCUGGAAUCGUUUCUGAACAUCACGUUUGAAAAGUCUGUCAAGCACGACUUGAAAAGGCUGUCUGAUAGUCGUAUUGAACAGUACCACAAGAAUUCCAAAAGGCAGGAGGAACUGCGCAUGCUUGCGACUGCAAAGCGGUCCGAGUCAAUGCACUUUUUGGUGGGAAAUAAGCUGAAGACUAAAGCAUGGUUGGAACUUUUGUACACACAAAACCUUGGCGUUGGCACGCAAGAGUCGAUUCCAACGGCUGACGAAAUACCCGUAUUACCUGGAACCAAAGUUGAGGACGAUGCCUCUUUUGACAUUGCAGCGAUGGCGACUCUCUAUAGGAACAACAUCACGCUGCUUUACAGGCUCGAUCAUGAUCUUAACCCCUACUUUGUUGCACCCCAGAAAGACUUAUUCAGAGCACGACGCCAGCUCGAAGCACGACGCAAAAAAUCCCGUAUGAAACAUUCAACCUUUGAAAACUCCAUCCAAACUACACAGUUAUCUGCCUCUCAACACUUGUACACCUGGUCCGCAAACAUUCAGAAGUUAUUGAAAAUAGAGCAUCCGCUAUCAAUGAACGAAGUUAUCUAUUUGGUAUUCCGUUAUGCUAGGGAGAAAAAAUUAUACAGCCAAUCUCUUUUCCAUUCUAACGACCUGACCUCCUUUCUUUCUUCCCACGGGGAACCUCUCGAUUCAAAAACGCUAUUUCAAAGAGUGAUCUCUAACAAACUACAGAGAGUCGGGUACAUUACACAGAAUGGAACACGCUACACUAGUUCCGACGGCUCUGCAGACUGUCACAUCCCCACAGACGCCUACAACAUACCGGAAGUGUUGCUUCAAAGGCAUUUUGCAGCUGUAUGUGCUCUGACAGACGUCCAGUCUUCCUUCCCGACUCUCUUCAAGUCCAAUGCAAGCAGAUCAUCCCAUCGCUGAUGUAAGCGCUAUAUAUAUUUUUCAUUAUGUACUGUAUGUAUUUAUACCUGUCAACAAAGGUACCAUAUACCUUCAUUGCUGUUCGGUGCAAAAGGGUGCC